AUGAGCGCUUUUCGCGAUCUCGGUUGCUGCCUGCUUUGCACUGAACGCUUUUCGCAGGGCCACCGCCCGAAGGUCCUCGGCUGCGGCCAUUCGUUCUGCGAGCGCUGCUUGGCCACCUGUACGCGCAUCUCGAGACUGUGCCCCAAAUGCCGCGCGCCCAUCACAAACAGCUGCAUCAACUUUGAUUUGCUAAACUUGGCUGAAGCUUUGCCGGAUGUUGCUGCUGGUGAUGGCGGCGUUGAAACGCAAAUCCUGGUCAAGAACGUCAACGGCAAGUCUGUGAACAUUGACAUCAAGCCGGAUUCGACUACGGUGACGCUGAAAGACUUCGAUCCGGAGGAUGAGGAGGCAAAAUUCGAACAUGAUAAUUUCGAUGGUAAAAGCGUUGCGUUUGAUAUGAAACCUUCUGACAACGUCUUGAAGUUGAUGAAGAAAGUUGAAGAUCGCGAGGGCAUCAAACCUGAGGAGCAGCGUCUCAUUUUCAUGGGAAAACCGAUUGAGUUAGACAGCAACCUGUCACUCCGUGACCUCCACGUGCAACGUGGUUCGACUAUUCAUCUUGUCCAUCGUCAACCGGGUGGUGGCGCAGUGCAAAGCUCAAACAAAAUGCUCUCGCGACUCGCCCUCAGCUACCAGCCGAUUCGCCAAUUCUCGCAAACGGCGGUGAAGAGCGCCCGUUUCGGCCAAGGCGGAAUCGGCAACAGGUUCACGGAGCAGACGUGGUCCAACUUCAAGACACGCACCGGCCCGACGCUGAAGGAGCGGCUGCUGGGUCCCACCACUGGAAAGCCCUAUCUCUACGGCACCUAUGCUCUGAUCGGCGCCUCGGCUUUUGGCAUUGCCGCCCUGGGCUACUAUGGACUCGGCAUGAGCAGCGGCUCCUCGAUUAUUCAGAACAGCGCCCUGUGGCCGCAAUAUGUUCGUGAUCGUCUCCACACUACCUACGGAUACCUGGGGGCCGGUCUCGGAAUCACGGCUGCUGCUGGCAUGGCCGCGUCGAGGAACGCGAUGAUCAUGCGACUCACCUCGUCUGGCUCUAUUUUGGGAAUGUUCGCUACGCUGGCCGUGAUCAUUGGCACGAGCGCCGUCUGCCAGUCGGUCCCGUACGAGAACACCUUCGUCAAGCACGUCGCCUGGGCCGUUCACUGCGGCGCGCUUGGAGCUGUUCUCGCCCCGAUGGUCUACAUGGGCGGCCCGGCGUUGAUGCGUGCCGCUUGGUAUACGGCUGGAUUGGUGGCUGGCCUUUCCGCCACCGCCAUCACCGCCCCGUCCGAGAAGUUCCUGAUGAUGGCCGGCCCGCUCGGCAUGGGCUUGGGCGUCGUGUUCGUGGCCAACAUCGGCUGCUUCUUCUUCCCGCCCCACAGCGCCCUUGGAGCUAGCCUGGCCUCGGUAGUCGUCUACGGUGGCUUGAUCCUGUUCUCGGCCUUCCUGCUCUACAACACGCAACGUUUGGUGAAGCAGGCCGAAAUGCAUCCGCAGCCCGGCUACUACGAAGGCGUCCGCCAGUUUGACCCGAUCAAUGCCCAGCUCGGCAUCUACAUGAACAUUCUCAACAUCUUCAUGCGCAUGGCGAUGAUCACGGGCGGAGGCAGCAACCGCAGGAAG